AUGAGUGUUGUUUGCUCUGAGCAAGAGAGAGUUGCUCUUUUCAAGUUGAAACAGAGUGUCAAAGACGAUUUUGAAAUAUUGUCAUCAUGGGUUGGCAAUGACUGUUGCCUGUGGGAAGGAAUCCAGUGUGAUAGUGUCACUGGAACUGUUAAAAGUCUGCAUCUGAGAGGAGAUUGGGGAUAUUUUUCUUUAAGUGAAGGCUACUUUGACUAUGUUGGUGAAGGCUACUUAGUUGGUGAUGAGGUGAAUUAUUCUUUAGCGGAGCUGAGCCAUCUUAAAUAUUUGGAUUUGAGCGGGAACUAUUUUCAAGGAAGCAGGAUCCCCGAGUUCAUUGGAUCCUUGAAACAACUGAUCUACCUCAAUCUCUCUAAUGCUGGUUUUCAAGGUAUCAUCCCUCCUCAUAUUGGAAAUCUUUCUAAUUUAAAGGUUCUUGAUCUCAGUUCAAAUUAUGGGAUGAAGGCAGAUGAUAUGGCAUGGACUUUUGGUCUUCCGUUACUCCAACAUCUCGACUUGAGUUCACUGGAUCUUAGUGGAGCAAAGAAUUGGAACAUGGUUUACAUGAUUCCUUCAUUAAAAAGGUUAAGUUUGUCUAGAUGUCGACUUUCCAACAUUCAUCUUUCUCCUUCUUUUAAUUCGAGUAGAGUACUCCCCAACAUUAGACACCUAGAUCUCGGUUUCAAUUAUUUUAAAGGUUCACUACCUGGUUUUUUCCAAAAUAUUACAUCCCUAGUAUUCUUGGAUCUUUCAAACUUUGAUCUUAAUUAUUCAUGGAACACUGCAAACUUGCUAAACGUGAUCCCUUCUUUAUUAGAGCUGCAUGUGUCAGGUUGUGGCCUCCAUAACACCCAUCUAUCUCACCCUCAUCUUAAUUUCAGCAUAGUUUCUAACAUCCAACACCUGGAUCUUAGCGCAAAUUCAAUUGGAGACGUUUUUCCAUCUGUUUUAACAAACAUGAGUUCGUUAAGAGUCCUUGAAAUUUCUCGAAACAUGUUGAAUUCAUGGGUUCCUGUUAUGCCCAACCUUCUAGAGCUUGGUCUUUCAUCUAACCGGUUUAAGCAGAUUGAGCAUGUUGGAAUCUGGAGACAGUGUUACUUGAAAAUUUUGAGUGCGUCAAAAAAUCCUUUUGAUAUUGAAAUGAUCGAAUCACUACAAAACAUAUCAGAAUGCACCCGAUAUGCUUUGGAGAGGUUGGAUUUACAUGAGAGUUUGUAUGGUACAAUUCCACAAACAAUUGGAAGAUUGGCGAAUUUAAGAGGCUUAGAUUUAUCAAGGAGCGGAUUGACAGGUCCAAUCCCUAAAUCUCUAGGAAGAUUAAGAUUUUUAGAAGUAUUAGAUUUGUCUAGUAACGAGUUAACCGGUCCCAUUCCAACAUUCCAUGCGAAACUUGCUAAACUUGACCUUUCUUAUAAUCAUUUGAAAGGUUCAAUUCCAGAAUCCUUUGGAAAUCUAUCAGGCUUAACUUAUGUGGAUCUUUCAUUCAAUCGAUUAAUGGGACCCAUCCCUGCAUCUCUUGGAAGACUUGUUUCAUUACAAGCAAUUUCGGUGUCUUCCAAUUUCUUAAAUGGGACAAUUCCAGUUUCAGUUGGGCAACUUGCCGACCUCCGUUCUCUAGAUAUCUCUAACAAUUCUUUAGAAGGAGUAGUUUCCGAAGCCCAUUUUGCUAAUCUUUCGAUGUUAAAGAGCUUGGAUACUUCUUUUAACACUAAGUUGAUAUUCAAUGUUUCACGAGACUGGAUACCUCCAUUUCAAUUGGUAGUUCUUCAAAUCCGGUGUUGCAAUAUUGCAAAUGGAUUUCCACAAUGGCUUCGAAACCAAAUGAAACUUAGGGAGUUAGUGUUGUCCAACGCUACGAUUACGGGACCUCUCCCUACAUGGUUGAAAAAAAUGCCAAUUGUCCCUUUCUUAGAACUCUCUCACAACAAACUCAGCGGACCUUUGACAAAUCUUCCUAAUAGGAAGACUUUUGAUGUGUAUGGAUAUUUUAUGGCUAGGGUAUUAUUUCUUCAAGACAACCUUUUCAAUGAGUCGAUUCCAAGGUCAUUGUGCAGAAGGGGAGAUUUAGAUGAUAUUAAUCUUUCGAGAAAUAGGUUAACUGGUAAAAUUCCCAAAUGUCUCGGGAAUCUGCAAAGUUUGCGUACUAUGGCGUUUAGCUCAAAUCGGCUAUCCGGGGUCAUUCCAAACUUUAAUUCUUCAUCAUUACGUUGGUUACAGCUAAAUAGCAACAACUUUAUUGGUGAAAUUCCUCAAGCAUUGGGGAAUUUACAAAAAUUAUUUUUCUUAGAUAUGGCUGAUAACGCAUUGUCAGGAAACAUCCCCCAAUUCAUUGGCGAAAAACUUCCGUCUUUGAUUGUUUUGAGGCUACGUCAAAAUAACUUCAAUGCAAGUAUUCCUCAAUCUCUUUGCAAAGCUUCAACUCUUCAUAUUUUGGAUGUUGCUCACAACAACUUAACAGGAACCAUCCCUCCUUGUUUAGGUGAGUUGAAUGCCAUGAUUGUUAGUAGCAAAGUUGUUUCACGUUGUAAGGAUUAUGGAACUGGAGAGACUCUUGUUCAAUUCAUGAAAGGUGUUGAUCUUGAAUAUAUAAAUGCUUGGGCAAUGGUUUUUAACAUGGAUCUCUCGAGCAAUAAACUUGUUGGAGAAAUACCGGACGAGUUAACUGCACUUACCAUGUUGAUGGGUCUCAAUUUGUCUAAUAAUCAUCUCACGGGGGGUAUUCCUGAUACCAUUGGAAACAUGUUGAAGUUGGAAUCUCUCGAUUUCUCAAGAAAUGAACUGACUGGGGUGAUACCUCCAAGCAUGGCAGCUUUGACUUUUUUGAGCCAUUUAAAUUUGUCACACAACAACUUGUCGGGACAAAUUCCAGCUGGAAAUCAAUUACAAACCCUUGAUGAUCCAUCCAUAUAUGUUGGGAACAAAGAUUUAUGUGGGCCUCCAUUGUUAAAGAAUUGCUCAAAUCAUGAAAAUCCAAUUACAAGAAUGCCCAAGAAGCAAUACAAUGCAAAUGAGUUAUGGUUUUAUGUGGACAUAAUGAGUGGCUUUAUAACAGGAUUUUGGGGUAUUAUUGGAGUUUUAUUGUUCAAAAAGAAGUGGAGACAGAAUCUUUUCACGUUUGCUGAGGAAACCAUGGACAAGAUACUCAUUGCAGUCAUCAUAGGGGUUGCCAAGAUGAAGAAAGUAAGAGAAGGCGCAUAG